AUGCGGCCGGUCUUUAUAGCCGCCUGCCUACUGCUGCUUGCGCCCAUCACCGAUUCUUGGUGGGCGUCUGGCAGCGCGGUGAUUCUUGAUCCACGAAUGGUCUGUAAAAAGAACCGUCGUGUUCGUGGCCGGUUGGCUUCUAUCUGCAAGAACGAGACUGGACUGCUGAAGGAGAUAAGCCGCGGCGUGACCCUCGGAGCCACGGAGUGCGCUCACCAGUUCAGGAACAGAAGGUGGAACUGUACCACCCAAAGACGCAGCAUGAGGAAAAUCCUUAUGAGAGAUACAAGAGAAACUGGGUUUGUGAAUGCAAUAACAGCCGCCGGCGUUACUUACGCUAUUACACGGGCGUGUACAGCUGGCUCCCUCCUUGAAUGCUCAUGUGAAAAGGAAAUUCCAAAACCUAGAAGAGGACGUGUAACUCAAGUACCCCAGCCGCCAUCUCAAGUGCAAACGGAUAAAUGGCAAUGGGGUGGUUGUAGCGAUAAUGUUCGAUUUGGGCUACAGAAGUCCAGAGAGUUUAUGGACAGUCGAUAUAGAAAAAAAAGCGAUAUAAAAACACUGAUCAAAUUACACAACCACAAUGCUGGGAGGUUGGCAAUUAAAAAUAAUAUGAAAGUGGAGUGUAAAUGUCACGGACUAUCAGGGUCUUGUACGCUUCGUACAUGUUGGUGGAGAAUGCCAACGUUUAGAGAAGUGGGCGACCGUUUGAGAGAUAAAUUUGAAGGUGCAGCUAAGGUGAUUUCAAAUAAUGACGGUGAUAACUUUAUGCCAGAAAGUCCAAAUAUCAAACGGCCUGGUAAGAAGGAUAUCAUAUACUCUGAAGAAUCACCCGAUUUUUGUACACUUAAUAUGAAGACUGGAUCUCUGGGAACAGAAGGGCGACAGUGCAACGUAAGUUCCGCUGGAACUGAUAGCUGUGAUCAACUUUGUUGUAGGAGGGGUUACGUGCAAAAUACAAUCAGAGAAGCCGAAAAUUGUAAUUGUCAAUUUAAAUGGUGUUGCGAAGUGAUUUGUGAGACUUGCUAUGUUAAAAGAGAUAUACAAACGUGCCUUUAA